AUGUCUGAGCACUGGGCAUGGUCCGAGGGGUCGGCAAUGAAAGUGUGUUUCGUAACUACUGGCGCAACAGCACCGUUUACUGCCCUCAUCGAAUCGGUUCUUCAAACAGACUCAAUUAAAACGCUCCGCAAAUUAGGCUACACCCAUCUUCUGGUUCAGUAUGGGUCUGCGAGAAAUGUUUUUGAGGAAAGCCUGAAAGCUGCUCAUAGUGAGGCAGGUGACUUGGUAAUCGCGGGGAUUGAUUUUGAUCCACAAGGCCUUGACAAACAGUUGAAGCUGGUAUCCGACUCGAAGGGUACCAUCAUAUCGCAUGCCGGCUCAGGGUCGAUACUCGCGGCACUGCGAUAUCAAGUCCCGCUCAUAGUAGUACCAAAUACCCAACUUCUGGAUAAUCACCAGUCGGAGCUUGCUAUUGCAAUGGACAAGUCUGGAUAUCUGAUUGAAGGACAAGUCAAUAAUAUCUCUGCCGCACUAGAUCGCUCUGAGACGUUCCGAGCCAAAAUGACAACAUUUCCUCCUAUCACGAGUGGCAAGCACCGUGAGACUAAAAGCUUUGCCGCUAUCAUGGAUGAAACCAUGGGGUUCUUGGAUUGAAGAGCCCUCAUAGCAGUAGAGAAUUGGCCUGCUCAGACACUCGGAAAUCAACCAACGACUUAUACCGGGCCAAUUGUCACUAUCCUUAUGUGGUCUUCAGCCCUACAGUAUUUUGG